AUGAAGCCUAAAACAUCCAAACGAUCCAGUUCCAAUAAACAACAGCAAAAUAACACCUCCCCGCCAAAUCGAUCGAGACGUUUGUCCAAUUCGUCAACAGGAGUACUCGAGACUCAAGGAAAAUCAUCAACAAAGACGAGUUCAUGUACAGAAAGCAAUUGUUUGGACACGAAUACAUCAUUGUGUAAAGCAAGCUUGCUAUUAAAAAGUCAAAAAGUGUUCAAACGAGAUCUACUACGCUGUAGUGAUCAACGACCAUCAGUACUCGGUUCGCACAUUCUCCAAACCUCACGUAUUCGUCAUGAAUCUCAACAGCCACAACCAACUCUGAAUCAUGGACAAUCGCAUCGUCGUCGUUCUUUAUCAGCGGAUCCGUAUCUACGUCAUACGACAAGCGAACGAAUAGGACCGUGGCCAGAUCUACCAGCGGUUCGUACGACUUCGGCAGGAAAUGAUUCGUCGAAUCCAAUGAAGGCUUCUCGUAAUAUAAAAAACCCGCGCGUUUUUUCACCCAAAUACUAUGCGGCAUUGAUGGAGAAUACCGUUAAAUUUAGGUAUCAUACAUCUUCAGAAAUGUAUAUUAACGAGUAUCGGAAGCAAAAAGGUUACUUACUUAGUACACGGGCAGAUGCGAAAGUGCUUCCACGAGUUUUGCCCAUACAGCCCUCUGACGAUGAUGAACUUUCUGUAACAGACAUACUCGUAGAUAAAGCUUGCCGUGCCGGUGGUGAUGCUCUUGAGAAUGAUACGACGACAACAACAGAACGAACGAUGGCUUCGACGAACGAUCAACUGACAGAAUCAACGAUCGAUCUCUCGUCAAGACAGAAUGCAUUAAUAAAAUCAACGAAUAGUUUCACUGAUCAUCCAAAUAUACCACCGUCCAUUCCAAGUCUUACAAAAAGUAUUAACGAAACACAUCAUAUGAGUAAUUUUUCCACAGUUGCUUUUCGUAAUGGUCAUCUUCGAGCAAUUCGUCAUCCAAAUCAGCAUCGACAUCAUCAGCAGCAAACGAUCGUCUUACCGCCGUUGAACCCGUCGUCACUACAAUAUCUUAACAGUAUGAAUUCAACUGACAGAUACUAUUCGAACAUCGUGAGGAAGCCAUCGGUACAAAACCAUCAGAAAUUCUUUCUUCUCGAAGGAAGAAGCAAGAAGAGUUAUGUAAAUAAGAAUAGAAAUCCACCUCGAAUAAAUAGCGAUAGUGAAAUUGCGUCUCGUUCCCAAGAUUAUUCUGACUUACAAGCAACCGGUGGUCCAGUACUGAGAACAACCCAACGCACGCAAGCUUUAGCUGUCUACCAACUUCCUCGGCAAGCUGCAACCAUAGUCACUAGUCAAAACGAUCUAAGAUAA